AUGGAGAAAUUUUCUCAGUUCAGAGAUAGAGGUUCGGGAAUCGCACCUUUCCUACCUAUCUCUUCUCAACACUCCGGCAUAUAUCUCCCAUUCUACAUAUUUCUCUUCUGCAUGCGGCUGCCGCUCCUGAUCACCGCAUUUGUCGCCUACUUUUGCGUGCUCCAAUGGCUUCCCAUAGGAUCCUUGGGGUAUGCGAUUGUGCUGCUGCACCCCCGGGGCUCCGCCGGGUAUGUCCGCUACUGGAGCUCUAACCAUGUGUUUGACAGAUCUCUAGCCUCGCAGCACUCCUCCCCACUCCCAGGGCCUGCGUCCGUGAUCGCUUCGUCAUUUACUUCCCCAAUCGACGCUCUCUACCUUGCCGCCAUAUUCGAUCCCAUAUUCACAGUGUCGUAUCCUUCAACGUGCAAGGUCCAGCAGAUAUCCCUAGUUCAGGCUAUUCUUCGAGCAUUCGCGCGCCCCGAAGUGAAGCCACCCGCAGGCUCGCGCCUCGUGGAUAUAGCAACGCUGAUAAAACGGCACCCUAACAGCCCCAUUGUAGUAUUUCCUGAAUGCACGACGACGAACGGCAAAGGCAUCCUGCAGAUGAGUCCGUCUCUCGUCGCGGUCUCUGCAGCAACAAGAAUUUUCCCUGUCAGCCUGAGGUACACACCCGCGGACAUCACAACUCCGAUACCACAAUCGUACAGGUCUUUCAUGUGGAAUCUCCUGAGCAAACCUACCCACUGCAUCCGCGUGAGGAUUGCGGAGAGCGUCUUGCUCCCAACCCAAACCAAAAGUACGAAAAAUCAUAAUAUUCAUAACGGAUCCCGCCUUGGACCCACAGACGGCCAGCCUUCGUAUGACCAUAAUUACUUUGACGCAUUAGACGCGAGGCUAGCCGAGUCACGCAUGGAUCUUGAUGCGUCGUUAACGAGCAUGGAACAGACGCUGCUAAACCAAGUUGGUGAGUCGCUGGCUCGACUGGGGCGAGUGAGACGGGUUGGACUGGGUGCCAAGGAUAAGCAGCAAUUUGUCAAGUUAUGGACGACGACGGUCAAACGAAAAUAG